AGCAGCUCUGUAGAGUCAGCAGAAGGCAAGACAUUAACCUUUGGUUCCACCAGCUCCACAGCUGGGAACACAGGGAAGGCACUUCCUGCUGGAGAAGGUCUCGGCCUUAUCAGUGCCAGGAAACGUGAGAACCAGAAUAGAAAUGAAAAGGAAGGAAGCAAACAAGUACACAUCAUUAUGCUGUUGUGAAAUGAGAGAAGACGAAGAUUGAAAUGCAGAGAGGAACUGAGCAUCAGAAAGAGCAUGGGAAGAGAUGAAGAGGUCCAGAGGGGAGAGUAAGAGGGAUACAGAACCUCUCACUUGUCAUUCUUGUGGAUCUUGUAUCCUCUUAUCAGCACAUAUCAUGCUGGUGUUGCUGUUUCCUCAUGUGGGUUGGUUUGCAGAUGACAUCUCAGCAUCAGCCAGGAAGUUCCACUGGCUGGUGGAGCAGAGUGAACACCCUGUCUUCUGGAGACAUGUGUGACUGGGCUGUGUGUGCCCAGCAUGGUGUGGAGGGAACAGGCAGUCUGCAGGCAGAGUCAGCCACCACUGAGCAGUGCAAGGUUUGUUUGGAGAAUCUCACAGUGCAGGUGAAUUGGUACAAACCUGAAUGUCUGGAGAGGGAGAGUCAAACCGACGCUGUGGAUCUGGUAGAAAACUGUAUGAAUUUCAGCAUCUCAAGCAUGUGUACAGCCUGCACAGAAAUCCCUGUGUGUGGGGUCUCCAUCACAACACCAAACUCAACACACACUGGAAAUUGCACACAAGGAGCAGUUGUCAGAGAAAACUGUAUGAAUUUCAGCAUGUCAACUAUGUGUGCAGCCUGCACAGAAAUCCCUGUGUGUGGGGUCUCCAUCACGACACCAAACUUGACAGACACUGGAAACUGCACACGAAGAACAGUUCUCAGAGAAAACUGUAAGAAUUUUAGCAUCUCAAGCAUGUGUGCAGCCUGCACAGAAAUCUCUGUGUGUACAGUCUCCAUCACAAGACCAAACUCAACAGACACUGGAACCAGCACACUUCUGAAUCUCCUGUGCAUCCUCCUUGGCUUAGCAAUUGGGACACUCCUUCACAUGCCAGUGAUUGGCUUCCUGCUGUGGCAGCGCACAAGGAACAGAACAGGAGAGCUUCUGGGUGAGGAAGGGGCAGAGGAGAAUCGGAUCAGUAUGGUAGCUCCAGUGAGAGAGACUGAGGACCUGACCUAUGCCAACCUGAAUUUUGAAAAUAAGGUGACAGGACCUACCUCUUCCAAUGUCAUUUACACUGAGGUCAAGCCAUUGCAACAGAAGCAGAGUGGUGGGGAUGGCAGUGCUGCCAGCAAAGAUGUGAAUGCCUGCCCUAAGGAAGAGGGCAAGUGAGGGAGGUGAGCAGCUUGUUGUCCAGCUGUUGGGGUGGUCCUCCUCAAAAAAUAGGUGUUAGCUCAUACAGCAGUGCAGUCCUGGUGACCGAAGACCCCUAUAACCCCCAAGAGGCUGCAGAACCCUGCUUUAUAUUCCCCUGAAAGAAGCUGUGUCUCUUGGUGAGGACAGGGCUCUUGAGCCUGUUUUCCCUUUGCCUUCUGCAGCUCCAAGCACUGCCAAGCCUCAGCAACUCUUUUCAUUGUCUCCAGUCACUGGCAGGCUCCUCUAGCUACUUGCUCUGUGUUCAGGAAUGACACUUGUACACUGUGUGGCCAACAUGGCAUUCAGGAAGAGCUUGAUCCUGGACAUGCUGGGUGGCACAGCCAUGAGAAUUCCUGGAGCAAUUUUCUGGAUUUUCUCUAGAGCAGGCACCUGCUGUGAUGUGGGUUGACCUUGCUGUCUUUCACUCACUUAAAACACAAAGAGCAAGGAUGAAAAAGCAUUGCUUACUUCACAGAGGUGCUGCUGCAGUGAUGCACAUGGAUCUGCUUUGUACUAGGAGUGGCCAGAUGGUUUUGCUGGUUUGGUGGUGAAUA